AUGGGGGUUAUGGUGAGCAGAGUUGUAGUUGGGGUGGUUCUGGUUGUUGUGGUGAUGAUUUUAAGUCCUUGUUUGGUUAAUGGGAGAAGCGGUUUUCAUGAGAAGACAAGGGAUGGCAAUGGCAUCAACUCUACCGAUGGUGUUUCUCGUGAAGAGCAAAGUAUUGUGGAAGAUUUUGGCGGGAGUAAGAAAGACUAUUCAUCUGAAAAUGUAGUAGUUGAAAGGAAAUUUAGUGUGAACAAUGGCGGAAAAGGAGGGGGUGCUGGCGGUGGAGGAGGAGGUGGUGGUGGUGGUGGAGGGGGAAAUGGGAGAGGUGGAAAUAGAGGAAGCAGAAAGGGGAGAGGUGGAGGUGGUGGAGGAGGAGGAGGAGGUGGUGGGGGUGGAGGAAAUGGACAAGGUCAUGGAUGGGGAGGGGGAAGUGGUGGAGGAGGUGGUGGUGGUGGUGGAGGAGGAAAUGGUAAUGAUCAUGGUCAUGGAAGAGGUAAAGGAAGUGGAGGAGGAGGUGGAGGUGGAGGUGGAGGUGGUGGUGGUGGAGGAGGAGGUGGGGGUGGAGGAGGAGGAGGGGGUGGUGGUGGUGGUGGUGGAGGAAGUGGUGAAGGUUGGGGUUGGGGUGGAGGUAGUGGAUGA